AUGUCAACGCCGAUAGGGACAACCGGUAAGAAUGACAUUCAAUUCUCCACAGAUCAGGUAUACAUCACAUGGCUUCAUGCCUUGAUCAAAACUCUAGUCAUGGUUGCUCAACUAUAACUGAGAACGGUAAUUUAAUACGUAGGACGCACACGCUAUACCAAUUUUUAGCUAUAGCUUUCCCUUAUGAUGUUUGCGU